UUUCUUAUUUCACACUAACAAGCAAGGUUACUACAUAUCUUGAUAUACCACUUGCAUGCCAUUUGAAUCAUUUCUCAAUCCAAAUUCCAACCAUAAACUACAAACAUGAGUAAUUUUCACUAUCAGUUUCCUGAUUCUCCUCCUUCCUUUUACACUUCAUCAUCAGACAAUUUUGAUACACAGGCUCAGAGAACUUUUGACAGAUUUGGUGACACUGUUGAUUCUUCUAUGAAAUGGGCUGUAGCAGAAUCUGUAGUAUAUGGAGUGGUGGUAAUAAUUGCCGUUAUAGCAAUAGUGUAUGCGAUUAUUGAGUGCCUAAAGAAAGCAGGAACAGCAAUUCCAGCUUACACUCAGAUUCCAACCGCAGAAAAGGAUCAUCAAAUAUCUUCAAACUCAUUAACUUCAGCCAGCAAAAUUGAAGUUAUAAUACCACAUGAUUCAAAAGCUGAAUUUCCAACCAUGGAAAGAUUCUUAAGCAACAUCAACAGAGAGAAACCAAUAAGAUUCACGCCUGAGAAACUCGAUGAAAUUACAAAAAGCUACUCGACGAUAUUAGGUUCUGGUGCUUUUGGAGUUGUCUUUAAAGGAGAAUUACCAAAUGGAGAAAAUGUUGCAGUAAAAGUUCUCAACUGUUUGGAUAUGGGAAUGGAAGAGCAAUUCAAAGCAGAAGUUAGCACUAUUGGAAGAACUUACCAUAUCAAUUUAGUCAAACUUUAUGGAUUCUGCUUUGACCAUGACACGAGAGCACUUGUUUAUGAGUAUGUUGAAAAUGGUUCUCUUGACAAGUACUUAUUUGGUAGCAAGAAUCGUGACGUUGAGUUGCGAAAGUUUCAGGAGAUUGCUAUUGGAACGGCGAAAGGAAUUGCUUAUUUACAUGAGGAUUGUCAGCAAAGAAUAAUUCAUUAUGAUAUCAAACCAGAAAAUGUUCUUCUUGACAUGAAAUUAGUACCAAAAAUAGCUGAUUUUGGAUUAGCAAAGUUAAGAAGUAGAGAAAGUAACAUUGUAAUGAAUACUCACUUUAGAGGAACGCGAGGUUAUGCUGCACCUGAAAUGUGGAAGCCUUAUCCAGUUACACACAAGUGUGAUGUUUAUAGUUUUGGUAUUCUUCUAUUUGAAAUUGUUGGCAGAAGAAGGCAUUUCGAUUCUAGUUACAGUGAAUCGCAACAAUGGUUUCCAAAGUGGACAUGGGAAAUGUUUGAGAAUAAUGAAUUGGUUGUUAUGCUUGCGCUUUGUGGAGUUGAAGAGAAAGAUAAUGAGAUAGCAGAGAGAAUGUUGAAGGUUGCUCUAUGGUGUGUUCAGUAUUCACCAAAUGAUAGACCUCUAAUGAGUACUGUUGUAAAGAUGUUAGAGGGUGAAAUUGAAAUUUCUUCACCUCCAUUUCCCUUCCAUAAUCUGGUUCCUGUUAAAGAAAAUUUGACACAAGAAGGAAGCACUGCAGAUUCUGAUGCUACUAUAUCAUCGUGGAAUACAGAAUCUUUUAGCGAAUCUUGCUCAAAAAUCAAACAUGAAUCAUUUCAGAUUGAAAAACCUACUUAGUGCAUGUUUGGAAUCAAGGUGGCUUUAACGAAAUCACGUUUCACGGAAGCACUGUGGAUUAGUUGAAGCUAUGAUGUACGGCUUGUGUCACAUUCAUUGUCGGUGCACCAUGAUUUCGCCAAACACCACCAAUCUAAACAUGCACUUAGAUGUAUCAUGGCAGUACAGAGAAAAAAGAAGCUUGUUCUAUGAAACUACCUCAUGUAAGGGUUCAACAUACUAAUUUUGGAAAUUCUACCAACAGAGUAUUCCAUGUUUGAGUGUUGGUUUCAAAUUUCUGUACAAUAGUUUUCUUUGUUUAUAAAAUGUGUAUUGACUUUGUUUAUAAAAUAUAUAAAAUAGAUAUUGAAUUCA